CUAUAAAUUUUGCGAUGAACAUGUUCUGAUCCUCUUUGCUCUCUUUUGAAAAAUUUUGCAAAAGACGAUACUUCGAGUUGCUUGCGUACUUUGAUUGGAUUCCGAUGGGCCGCCUGACAUCCACAGUCGAAGUUCCGGGACGAAGGCACGAAUCUGAUCGCGAAAACGACCGCUACAUAUCUGAAUCCGAUGGUUCCCCCCACUACCGUCAUCGCCGCGGUAGCCCUAGCUAUGAAGCAUACGGACGCGACCGCCAGAGCCGCAAGGGUAACCAACAGCGUGACCGUUCUGGUUCGCCUGAAUACAGAAACCCUAGAAGACGAAGCCCUAUCGAAAUUCCUGAAAGAAGACAGCGUUUUGAUCGCGAAAAAUCCGAUGAUUCUAUCGACUAUCGCCGCCUUCGACGCAGUCCCAGUUACGAUGUAUAUGAUCGCGACCGACAAGAAAACCGCAACCGAACCCUAAAAUCUCUCCCCAAGAAAUUUGGCAAGAAUCAUAGCUACCUGGACCGAGAUUAUAGGAACGGUAAACAAUCCGAGUCGGAAUCGGGCGAGGAGUUGAAAGGAUUGAACUUUGAGGAGUAUAGGAGGCUGAAGAGGCAGAAGAUGAGGAAAGCGUUGAGAUUCUGUAUUUGGGAGAAUACGCCGAGUCCGCUAAGGAAUGAAGACGAUGAUUUGGAGGAUAAAGGUGAAUUAAUUUCAGAGAAGUACGGGGAGGAUAAGGGUGACGAGAAGAGCGACUCUGAUAAAGAAAACGAGAAGAAGAGCAACAAGAGAGUUAAAUCCGAGUCCGAGUCUGAAAAAUCUGGUAGUAGUGAAUCGGAGAGCGAAUCAGAAAGUGAGUCAGAAUCUGAAUCAGAUUAUUCAAGAUCUAGGAAGAGGAAGAAGGGGUCGAGUUCUAAGCGGAGAAGUGGGAGAAGCAAAUGCAGAAGCUGGAAAAAAUCAUCUUCCAGGGAUAACGAAUCCAGUGACACAGAGAGCGAAUCCGAUGAUGAGGAAGACAAAAGGAGAAGGAAGUCGAGGAGAAAGCAGAGUAGUUGGAAUAAGAAUAGUAAUAAAAGCAGUAGAAGGAAAAGAAGCAGGAAGAAGAGUAGGCAUAGUGGCUCUGAUGAGAGCGGGAGUGGAGAUAGCGAAACGGACACAUCCUUUGAUGAUCGUGUCAAGUCAAAGAAGCGGAAAAGCUCUACGAAUUUGAGGUCUAGAAAGAGUAAGAAAAGGAGAGGAUCAGAAAUUGAAAGCCAAGCUUCGGAUUCUGAUAAGAGCUCAGAUUCUGGAGUCGAUGCCAAGAGUAAAGCAAUGGUGGAUGAGCCUAAGAUUGCUGAUAUUAAUGCUGCUGAAGCUCUUAUGUUCAAAGAGAUGAUAGAGGCUCAGAAGAAAACUGCACUAGAUAAUGAGCCUAUGGUUGGCCCUGCACCAGUGCCAAGAGCUGAGGGACAUAUAAGUUAUGGUGGUGCUCUGAGGCCUGGUGAAGGUGAUGCUAUUGCACAAUAUGUCCAACAGGGAAAGCGUAUCCCACGAAGAGGUGAAGUGGGUCUUUCUGCUGAGGAGAUUCAAAAGUUUGAGGACCUUGGGUUUGUGAUGAGUGGUAGCAGACAUCAGAGAAUGAAUGCCAUUCGUAUUAGGAAAGAAAACCAGGUUUACAGUGCGGAGGACAAGAGGGCAUUGGCUAUGUUUAACUAUGAAGAGAAAGCAAAACGGGAGCACAAGGUUAUGGCUGAUUUGCAACGGCUGGUGCAGCGCCAUAUUGGGCAGGAUGUUGGUCCUACACACAAUCCUUUUGCUGGGAAAGAUGGGGCGGAUGCUUGAACCUCAUCUUCUGGAGCUUGUCAGCAGAAUUUGCCAAACUGUAUCAUGUGAGACUUGGCAGCUGGUAAUGGAGAUCUUGACCGAAGACAGGCCAUCUAGGCGGCCGUCCUGUGAUGUUUGAAUCUCUGUGUUGUAUGAAUUUAGCCGAUGAGU